AUGGGUCUCCUGGCGUUGUCGUCGCUCCUCCUGCUCUUGCCUUUCGCGGUGGGACAGACCACAACCUCCGUCUCGCUCCCCUCGGGGGUCACCGUCACAGGUGGAACGACCUUCUCCUCGCCCACGACCUACCUCGCGACAGAGACGGGCGCCUUGACAAACCCAAUCUCGUACUACUCGUUCACAGCGUUCCCUACGCCAUCCACCACGCCUGAUCCGCCAGUGUAUCCGCCAACGGACCCACUCGACCCGCCGCCCGUGAGCCAGGACCCGACGAUCGUGCCCGAUUUUGCGGCAGCAUGGGCGACGGCGCAUGCCAAGGCGCGACAGCUGCUGUCGAACUUCACGCUCCUGGACAAAGUCAAUCUCACUACGGGUAUUGCGGGCCGGUGCGUGGGCAACAUUGGCGCCGUCGGGGAUUUCCCGGGAUUGUGUCUUGAAGACUCACCCACCGGUGUGCGCUACACCGACCUCGUCACCUCGUUCCCCGCCGGCAUCACCACCGCAUCCACAUGGAACCGCGCGCUCAUGCGCACGCGCGGCCAGUACAUCGGCGAGGAGUUCAAGGGCAAGGGCGCGCACAUCGCGCUCGGCCCGAUGAUGAACAUGGGGCGCAACCCGCAGGGCGGGCGCAACUGGGAGGGCUUCGGCGCGGACCCGUUCCUUUCUGGCGAGAGCGCGUAUGAGACUGUGUUGGGGAUGCAGAGUGGGGGUGUCCAGGCGGUGGCGAAGCAUUAUGUGAACAACGAGCAAGAGUGGAAGCGGACGAUGGAGUCGUCGAACGUGGAUGAUCGGACUGAGCACGAGAUCUAUACGCACCCGUUCAUGCGCGCGGUUAUGGCUGGGGUAUCGUCUGUCAUGUGUAGCUACAACCUGAUCAACGAUACGUAUGCAUGCAACAAUAACAAAACGCUCAAUGAUAUUAUGAAGCGCGAAUUUGGUUUCCAAGGCUAUAUCCAGUCUGACUGGUGGGCUACGAUGGAUACACUCGGCAUUAUCAACGGUCUCGACAUGACCAUGCCCGGCACCGUCUCCUCCUCCGACGCCGUCCAAGGCCAAUCCUACUUCGGCGGCAACCUCACCACGUACGUCAUGAACGGCACAAUCUCACCCGAGCGCCUCGACGACAUGGCGGAGCGCAUCGUCGCGUCGUGGUACUACAUGCACCAGGACGAGGGCUACCCGCCCGUGUCGUUCGACAUGAACGACCCGUGGAACGCGACGACAAAUCUGCACGUGAACGUGCAGGCGAACCACAGCACGGUCGUGCGCACUAUCGGCGCUGCGGGGGCUGUGUUGCUGAAGAACGAGAAUAACGCGUUGCCGCUGGAUAAGCCGAGGAGCAUUGCGCUUGUGGGGAGCGACGCGGGGCCGCCGGUGAUGGGCCCGAAUCAGUAUGCGGACCAGGGUGGCGAUCCGACGGGGAUUCUGGCGAUGGGCUGGGGAUCCGGGUGGCCGUACGAAGCGAUCCAGGCGCGUGCACGCGAAGACCAAACGAGCGUCUACUGGGACUUCGAUAACUGGGACCUGUGGCAGGCUGGCAACCGCGUCACUGACCAGAGCGUCGCGAUCGUGUUCGUCAACUCCGAUUCAGGAGAAGGGUACAUUUACGUCGAUGGCAACUAUGGUGACAGGAAGAACCUGACAGCCUGGCACGGCGGCGACGAGCUCAUUCAGACUGUCGCUGCGAACAACAACAACACGAUUGUCGUCAUCAACAGUGUCGGACCGCUCAUCCUCGAGCCAUGGAUUGAGAAUCCCAACGUCACUGCUGUACUCUGGGCCAGUCUUGGAGGCAACGAAGCCGGAAACUCGAUCACGGAUGUUUUGUACGGAGACUGGAACCCGUCUGGCAAGCUGCCGUACACUAUCGCGAAGAACGUGACGGACUAUCCUGCACACGUUAUCACGGGUGGUACCGUUGAGGAUAUACUGUCGAUCAACUAUACCGAGGGUCUAUUCAUCGACUACCGGUGGUUCGACGCCCAUGACAUCAUGCCUCGCUUCGAAUUCGGCUACGGCCUCAGCUACACGACGUUCGAGUUCUCUGAUCUCACGAUCACGCCUGUGAGUCCUAUGGACACAGCCGACAUGACCCUCGUCAACAACUGGGAGAACGGCGGCGCAAGCCCCAUUGCUGAGGGAUCUUCGACUGCGCUUUGGCUACACAUGCCCGCCUACCAAGUCACAUUCAACAUCACCAACACCGGCUCCGUCUACGGCGGCGAGAUCGCGCAGCUGUACCUGCACCACCCCGCCGAGGUCGGCGAGCCGCCCUCGGUGCUCAAGGGCUUCACUGACGUGUGGGCUGCGCCCGGCGAGACCGCCACGGGAAGCAUCACGCUCUCGCGGCACGAGCUGUCGGUCUGGGACGUGGUAAGGCAGGGGUGGGCGAAGCCGGACGGGACGAUCACGUUCUCGGUUGGCGCGAGCAGCCGGGACUUUAGGCUGAACGGGACGAUUCCGGCGGCUGCGUAG